AAAGCGAGCGCGAGGACGUGGACGCUGCAGCAGCAGACUCAGACUGAGGAUGAAGGGAACAACUUUUCUGCUGGUGUUUGGAGUCGUCCUGAGCUUCUGUCAGGCUCAGGUGGACACUGAGGGGGAGGAGACCGUAGGAGAUGAGGAACAUGUGGAGCUCUUCACCACACCGACGACUAAAAUGGGUGCCGCCACCUCAGACUUUGGCUACAACCUGUUUCGUGCUCUGGCGAGCCGCGAAGCCGCCACCAACAUCUUCUUGGCUCCCAUCAGUGUGUCGGCGGCACUGACGCAGCUGUCCAUGGGAGGCUCAGUGGUCGCUGAGCGUCAGCUGUUCAGGGCUCUGAGGUAUCACACGCUGCAGGACCCUCAGCUCCACACCACCCUGAAAGACCUGCUCGCCUCUGUCAAGACCACGGGGAAAGGCCUGAGCAUCGCCGCGCGGCUCUACCUGACACGACGUCUCCGUGUGAAGCAGGAGUUCUUUGAGCUUGUGGAGCAGCAGUACGGCGUUCGUCCUAAAGUUGUACAAGCAUUAUUCAAAGAUGUGAAGGACAUCAACGACUGGGUGUUUCAGGAGACGGGAGGGAAGGUGCAGCGCUUCAUGACCAAAGCUUUCCCACGAACCUCUAAUGUGAACAUUGUGAGCGCUGCCCACUUUAAAGGGAAGUGGGCGACUCGCUUCAGUAACAGCGGGAUGAUGGAGAACUUCCAGGUGGACGGCGGGACACCUGUCCUUGUUCCCAUGAUGCAGCAGGAUAACUACCCUGUGAAGAUGGGAGUGGACUCUGACCUGAGCUGCACUAUCGCUCAGAUCCAGAUGCAGGAUGAAGUCAGCAUGUUCGUCUUCCUUCCAGACGACGUGACGUCCAACACGACGCUGCUGGAGGAAAGUCUGUCUGCCGAGUUUGUCCAGGACCUCUCCAUGACACUCCUCCCUGCGCAGGUGACCCUCACUCUGCCCACGCUGAGGUUCAGCUAUGCCACGGACCUGCAAGCCCUGCUCACCGACCUGGGUCUCUCUGAAUGGCUCGAAAACCCGGCACUGGAGAAAAUCACGGAUCAGCCCACCAAGCUCUCCAGUGUCAAUCACAAGGUUGUCAUGGAGACAGCACCCGAGGGCAACGUUUACCCCAGCGCCACCUUGACACCCAGUCACCUGACGUACCGGGUUGACCGUCCGUUCCUCUACCUGAUCCGUGAUGACACGUCGGGGGCGCUGCUCUUCAUCGGCAGAGUGGUGAACCCCAAGGACCUGAGGAUAUAACACACACACACACACACUCAAUCAACACAGGUAACCCACUACCUUUGCUGUAGCAUCAAGAUGCAAAAUUUGCAUUCGCUUGAAUAAUCGUAUCAUAAAAUAUCAAAUAUUAUCGAUUUUGCACGAUGUCACAUCACAAGAUCUAAUCAGAAUAGCCCUCCUUUUUAACAAUCCUGAUUGUUUCCUGUGUCACGCCGCCACCAGCCCAUCUGAAUUUCAAAUACAUUAUUUUAUUUCCAUGAAGCAUGCCGUAGUUACUCAAAUGAUUUUGAUGAAACAUUGCAGUCUCCAGCAGAUCCCAGUGUUCAAAUCUCACAAAAACAACCCCCGGAAAAAAAUCUCUUGUAAAAACAGACCCGGAAAUUUUUUUCUGUAAAGACAGACAUGGAAAAAAAAUUCGUAAAAAAAACCUCUUUCUCGGUGAAUGCAGUUUGCUUCCACACUAUUAACCAUAACCAGUUAAUGACUAACCCUAACCUUAACCACAAUUCAAAUCUCAAACUCAACGUUUAACCAGUUCCUCAGAAAUGAGGUUCUGCCUCAUUAGGACCAGGUUUUGGUCUCCAUGAGGACUACUGGUCCUGGCAAGGUCAGUGUUUAUAACCGAGAAAAGUCCAAAAGAGCUAAUAAAUACUCACACACACACACACAGUCUCUUUUAGCGGGUCCUAGGAGGCGGAUCGCAGGUAUUUAGUGAUGUUUGACUUUGAUUUGAUUUGACAUGAUUUCUUUACUUUUCACGUUGAAACACGUUGUCAGAUCAUGUUACAACUCAAACACACUGGGGUUUUCAGAACACAUCAAAUAUGUUUAAAUAAUUGUGUUCAAAAGUAAUAAACAUGAAAGUGAAAAGAA